GAGGAGAGAGGGCCAGACACAAACACAGAGGUUCGGAAGAGUGUGAGGCAACACAAGAUCGGCUAGAGAGGGAGAGAGUGAGAGAGGAAGAGAGACACACACACACACACACAGAGGGGUGUGUCAUAGCAAUUUAGUUCCUCAAGGAAGUGCAACUCAACAUUAUCUUAAGACAGGCAGCACUGACACAAGCGCUGCAGGAGGGCUAUUUCUUUCAGCUUUUGGUUCAGCUCGUGGUGAAGAUGAAGAGAUCUCACUGAAAUCAAGCAGCCUGUGCUGUCAGACAGAGCAGAGGGAGAAGUAUCUGACACAGACCAGGAGGGAGGGGGACUCUCACCACACAGGCAAACAUGGACGGCUUCAGCUCCAAAGACAUGGCCUUGAGUGCGCAGAAGAAGAUCCUCAGCAGCAUGGCCACCAAAAGCUCCGUCCAAAUGUUCAUCGACGACACCACCAGCGAGAUCCUGGAUGAACUGUACCGCGUCUCCAAAGGGUACUCGGGUAAUAAGUCGGAGGCCCAGAAGGUGAUCAAAGACCUGGUGAAGAUUGCCGUGAAGAUCGGUUUGCUGUUCAGGAACAACCGCUUCAGCACCGAGGAGCUGGGAGUGGCCACAGACUUUAAGAAGAAGCUGCACCAGGGUGCCAUGACGGCCAUCAGCUUCUACGAGGUGGACUUUACCUUUGAUAAAGCAGUGAUGGCAGAGAUCCUGACCAGCUGCAGGGAUCUGCUGCUGAAGCUGGUCAACACCCACCUCACCACCAAAUCCCACGGUCGCAUCAACCACGUCUUCAACCAUUACGCUGACCCCGAGCUCCUGACCAAGCUGUACGACCCCAGCGGCUCCUUCCGACCCAACCUCACCAAGAUCUGCAAAGGACUCGACAAACUUAUGGAGGACGGGACAAUAUGACAGAGAAGAAUAGAAAUGUCAGACAGACACUGGGAGAGCUACAGGCAGACUCACUCACGAGCUGUUGGACAAACAUGGUGGCACUUCUGCUGACUGGCAACGUAAAACAAGUGAUUUGAGAGCAAAAGCGCCGCCUCAACAUUCUCAAAGAACAAAUUAAAGUUGGUCGACUCAUUCCUCAAGCUGUUAAUGUUCAGAGGUGAUGUAUGCUGUAUUGUGAUAUAUACACACUUGUCUACUCGGACAAAUUCUCCGAAACGGAACUUGAAUAUAUACUGGUUUAUAUUAGAUUAGACUAUGAAAUGAGAAAUGUUUCAUUGAGAACUACUGAUGUUAUAUAUUCAGGAGAUGAGCUGUGAGACAGAGAACACAGAUUGCAUUAAGAGGACAGACAGGGAGCAAUACCACUGUAACACAGCACCGCCACCUAGUGGUGGAGACGAGUCAUUCAACUGUAUUAACUGAAGCGUAAGGAAGACGAUGCAGCCAAUAAUAAAGCAAGUAACCCCACAGCAGACUACUUACAACA